CACCUCCUCCCUCCUGCUCCAUCUAAACAGCGCCACCAGGUUGCAGACAUGUCCUCAGAGGUCCUGCAGGUUGCUGCUCUGGGCCAGCCGUUCACUCUGGGGAUGCUCUAUGAUGCUCGAAGAGACAGUAUCACUUCAGGAUUCCCAUUGUGGGAUCAAACAACGGUACAAGCAAACACAACUGAUUCCCUUCAGAGCAGCAGCGCCUUUGAGAUCUCUGCAUCCGACUCCACUCAGUCCAAAUCGUCCCUCCUGGAUGUUGAAGCUUCAGUGAAAGCCAGUUUCCUCGGAGGCCUGAUUGAAGUCGGAGGAUCUGCCAAAUACCUGACAGACCAGAAGAAGUUCAUGAACCAGAGCAGAGUAACCUUUCAGUACAAAGCCACCACCCACUUCAAACAGCUGUCAAUGACUCGUCUCAGUGCAGAUGAAGGUUUGAUUGAGAGAAGUUCUGCUACUCAUGUGGUCACUGGCAUCCUUUAUGGGGCAAAUGCUUUUUUUGUGUUUGACAGCCAGAAGUUAGACUCCAGCAAUGUCCAAAAAAUCCACGGCAGCAUGCAAGCUGUGAUCAAGAAGAUUCCUACCUUCAAUGUGGAGGGACAAGCUGAUAUCCAGCUGACCGACGAAGAAAAAGCCCUGGUUCAGACGUUCUCCUGUACAUUUCACGGAGACUUCAUUCUUGAGAACAACCCGACAACAUUCAUAGACGCAGUGAAGACCUACGUAGAGCUGCCAAAGCUGCUGAAGUCACAGGCAGAGAAACUCGUUCCCUUGAAGGUUUGGCUGAUGCCUCUGACGAAUCUGGCUUCAACAGCUCCGAAGCUCAUGAGCGGCAUCAGUGUUGGUCUGGUGAGGAAGGUUGAAGAAACUCUGGAAGACAUGAAGCAGAUGGAAUCCAGAUGUAAUGAUGCUCUGGUUGAUGGAACGAUUGAGAAAUUUCCACAGAUUAAAGAAGUCCUCAAUCGUUACCAGAAGCUGUGUAAUGACUACACAUCUAAUCUCCGAAAGGCCCUGGAGACGAAGCUUCCCUCCAUCCGUGAAGGCAACGAGAAUGAGAGCUCGUUGAGACAACUCUUUGACAGCAGAGCCACGUCACCGUUUAGUCAUGAAAAACUACUCAAGUGGCUGGAGGGUAAAGAGAGAGAAAUCAACAUCAUGAGGUACUGCGUGGAAAUAAUGGAGGGAGUCAAGAUCGUCCACAAUCAGUCCGAACUUGAUCGAGAAGUUCUCAAUCCAGCUAUCAAAGAAGCUCUGUGCUUUGUUUUCACCUCUUUGGAAAAUGCCGACCCCUGUCUGGAUGCAAUGGCUCAACACCUGGAUUCAGUUCAGUCCAGCAGCGCCAAUGACGUCCCGUGGUACUACUCAGAGGAGGUCUUCAACCGAAUCAGAGAAAAAGCCAAAAUCUUCCACGAACUUGCAGAGAAACAGAAGACGGACAAGACGUUCUGUUUCCUCGUGGGUUCUAUUCAGAACAACAAAUACACCGGAGCAACUAUUUACCAGUACAAGGACGGCAUCCUGAUCACUGAUGACUUCUCCAAACUGUAAGUCAGUUCUGGAGAGACGAUCAUCGACGGCAGUGAUCUGAAGUCUAUGAUCGGGCUGUGGACCUCAGCGACAUGUUCUGGAGCCUGCCGCCUGAGGGAAUGUGGACGGCAAUAUGGAUACAAGUGACCGUUUACGUGAAGUGGUUUGAUGGACAAUCGGGACCCCAAAACAAAUCUUCAUCAUACCACAUACCGGCUUUCAACCUCCAAUCAAACACUGACCAAACAGCCAUAAUGAAAAAUUGACUCAUUUCUAGAUCUUUCCAUUGUUUUACCUUCUACAUCAGAAACAAUCCAUUCAAUCUUAAAAUAACUGGAGACUGUUUCACACUAUGUGGAUAAGACAAACUACAAUAUUCCCAGAUAUUCAUUGUAUUUUAUUCUAAUAUCCUUAAGUUUACAGCUUCAUGACUGUUCCUCUCUCUCUGGGUUACUUCACCGUUGUUCUCUUUGCCGCGUCCCUGCUGGAGGGUUUGUUAUGCUUUGCUCAGACUCGAUGGCUCUGUUGUUAUCAGCUCAUUGUAUGAGUAACUAGUCUGAACUCGGACUGGGGAGGAAGACCCUGGGAGUGCCCUGUGAAGGCACAUUUUUUGUAUUCUUUCCUUGUCUCAGGAGAAUCAUAAAUCAACCACUUUCAACUAGGAGAUGUGAAACAUAAUUAUAGAUGUUAAAAAAUCAUGAAAAACUGCUUAAAUGGUAACUGCAAUUAUCAAAUUAUCCCAAAGAGGAAUCUGAAACAAUGUCUCAAACUGCAUCAGUCUGAGUGAGUUAACUGGUAAAUGAACAAUCCUGUGAAUAAUCAUGUCUAAUUGUUAUUUCCUGCUUGAAAUGCAUGUUAUGAUUUUUGAUCAUAGUAACUGUCAUGUGAAGCAAAUCAGUGGAGUUUUAACUAACAUGAUAUGAGAGGCUGACUUAAUUCUUUUUUCUUUUGAUGUAUAUCAGUUUGUUUGCUCUUUUUCACUUUUUUUAUUGGAUCUGCUGUUCAUUGGAUUUUGGU